GAGGAGCAGUCAGUGAGACCCCCCCCCCCCCCCCCCCAGUUUCUAGCUCAGGCAUUUUUUUUUAAGAUUAAGUAAAGGUCUGGUCAUAUCUGACUCCAGCCAGACAUUCACCGCCUUAGCAGAACCCCGUUUGAAGAUGAACUCCAAUGUGGAGAAUUUACCUCCUCAUGUUCUUCGCUUGGUCUAUAAAGAAAUUUCAGCCUUAGCAGCAGACCCACCUGAAGGUAUCAAGAUUUAUCCCAGUGACGAAGACAUAACUGAGCUACAUACAGCGAUCGAAGGACCGGAGGGAACUCCGUUUGCUGGUGGCGUUUUCCGAAUGCGCCUGGUCCUCGGGAAGGACUUCCCUGCGGUUCCACCCAAGGGGUAUUUCCUGACCAAGAUUUUUCACCCCAAUGUGGGUCACAAGGGAGAGAUCUGUGUCAACGUGCUGAAGAGGGACUGGAAGGCAGAACUCGGCCUCCGACACGUCUUACUCACAAUAAAGUGUCUUCUCAUCCAUCCAAAUCCGGAGUCUGCUCUGAACGAGGAGGCCGGGCGUUUGCUGUUAGAGGACUAUGCGGAAUACGAGUCCCGCGCUCGUCUGCUCACGGAGAUCCACGCCAUGGGCGCGUCCUCCGGGGAACCUCAGGACCCCAACGACGGCCCCCAGCCGAAGAAGCACGCAGGCGACCCCCUGAAGAGAGCGGGACCCAGUGCGGCAGCAGUGCCGGCAUCUCUGGGUAACGGGGCCAGUGGAGCCAGCACCACCAGCAGCAAUAGUAGCAGCAGCACUAAUGUAGCAGGGAAGAAGAAAGCCGAUAAAAAGCGUGCGUUGAGGCGACUUUAAUACCUCUGUUUAAUUCUCAGUGUGUGAGCGAGAGAGCGUGUGUGUGUAAAUAUAAAUAUUGGCGUGUGCUGACAAUGUUUUUGUUCCUUUUUUUUUUUUCCUUACUCUUUCUACCACCUAUCCAAACUGUCCACUUUGUACGCAUACCGUGAGUUCUGUUUUGCCCGCAGUUUGUCCUGUUGGCACAACACGUUGGCUAAUUCUUCCCAUACCAUCCGCGGUGUUCUGCCUGGGUCUAGUGUGUCGGGUUAAGACGGGGAAUGGGCUUCACUGUGCAAAACACGACCUCUAAUGUCUGUACAUUAACGGGACUUGACUACUAUUGUCUCGGGCAGGCUGGCGACUCUCUGAAGGGUUUAUUUGUUCAUGCUGCUGUGAUGGUACUGUGUACUGCUCAGCAAAGUCCAAAACAGGACGUCACUCUUAAUACAAAGUCAGAUUUUCAAAUGUAACACCGAUAAUGGUAGAAGUUGCUGAACAAUUGUCAAAGACCUCUGUGGGUUCACUGUUUGGAUAAAAAUCUUGUUAAUGUCACACAAACUUGUAACAUCUUUUUAAAUAGUAUUUUUUGUAUUUUGAACUGGAUCACGUAAAGGUAUGGAAACAGCUGACCGUGGAGUGUAAGAGGUGUGUUAUGCUUUUCAUGGAAUCUCAGCCCUCUUUUUACAUUUUUUUUUUUUUUCUAAAAUGGUCUUCACUGUCCAGUAUUUACAAAUGUUGUUUAUAAUUGACAUGUUUAUAUUCAGCUGUCUUGUGGUUGUGUGUGAAGACCUUGAUCAGUGACUGAGGGAACAGGGUAGUUUGCCUGAAUACUUUUAUUAAAAAAAGAAAAUGAAUUCUCAUUUC